AUGCAAGAGAAGAUCAUGAAGGUGAAGAAAGGGUGGCUAGCGGUUCAAGUUGGUUUGGGAGAAGGUUACGAUUCAUCGAGGAGAUUUGUGAUCCCAAUCUCCUACCUCUACCAUCCACUUUUGAAGAAUCUUUUGGACAAGGCCCAUGAAGUGUUUGGGUACCACGCCGCCGGCCCACUGAGGCUCCCUUGCUCGGUGGACGAUUUCCUCCACCUCCGGUGGGAGAUUGAGAAGGAACAGGCGGAUCACGGCCAUAGCCACCGCCACCAUCUCCACCGUGGCGGCGGCAGCAGCCACCACCACCACCACCAUCAUCUUAUAACGACGGCGUUUUCGUUUCACUCUUGUUAA